UGCAGGAGCCGGGCUCGUUCGCUUUUCUCGGCACCGGCGACGCACUGGUAACUCCGGUGUCGCCGGCGGCUCGGCCCCGGUGGCAGCGUGAGCCGUCUUGAGUUAGGGCACGUAAACAGAGAGACGGCUGACGUCUAUAUGCCUCCACAUCAGCAGAUUCGUCCUCCGUGGUAAGCAUUUACUGAGGAAAGAGAUGCUCGCCGGCGCCUCGUUCGUCUACGGCAGGAGCUCGUGCUCCCACGCGAGGCGACGGCUCCUGGGGCGCGUUGUAGGAGUCGUUGCCGUUCGUCGCCGGCGGCGGGGAUCCGAUGCGCUCGGCGCCGCGCGCGCGCUUUUCCCUUUCGCGCCCAGAAAAUCAGGCGGCGCCGGCACGAGAGCUGCUCAAGGCGGACGCUUCGCGGGAGCGGAGAGCCGCUGCGGCGCAAGCGCGGAAGGCUCUCGUGUCGUCGUCGGUGAGGAAAGAACCGGUGGCAGCGCCGAUGCAUCCACCGGGGGAGCUGCGGCGGCGCCGGAGCAGAUGAGUUCGGGCCGCGCGGCGCCUGUGCCGGAGCACAACGGCGCGGGUGCAUCUGCAUCUGCUGGAGCUUCACCGACCUCCUUUGUCGACGGGGGCCGCUUCUUCAAAGGCCCCGGCAGCUUCUUAGCCGGCGCCAGGCAAAGCUCCAUGCCUCAACCAUGGAUGCUACCUCAAUCUUCAGAUCCGGCAACAUGGGAUAAAAAUCCAACACCUCCUGGUGGUUUCACAAACUUUAUCCAGCUUCAUUUGUCUCAAAAUUUUCAUUUUGUUGGGGGGCCUGCUCAGUUUGCGCCAUUCAAGCCGCCGCGUACUAUGGAAGAUACACCAACAGAAGAAGAAUUGGCCACUCCUCAUUCAUCAACAGAAAAUAGUAAUUAUGUUAGUGUUGACAGCGGGGAUGAGUUGGAGUUACCUAGGACUGAGAAGCGAAUCCUUUGGACUCAAGAAGAAGAUGUCAGGCUUAUGAGCUCAUGGCUGCACAAUUCAACGGACUCAAGCAUCGGCGCUGAUAGGAAGAAUGAACAAUAUUGGUAUGUUGUUGACACCUACAAUGAGACUACCUCAAGUCAGAGGAGAAGAAAUGCUAAGCAAGCGAAGGAUCGUUGGCAUAAGGUUAAUAAAUGGACUGACCUCUUCCAUAGUGCUUGGUUGAAGGCUCGAAGGGUUUUUACUAGUGGGUAUAAUGAUCAAAUGUGGAUUGAUAAGGCUCAUGUUUUCUACGUAGAAGACAACAAAAAGCUCAAGCUGGGGCAUUUUGUCUUGAUGGAUGUAUGGUACACAGUCCGAAAUGAGGCGAAGUGGAUAACAUACAACAAUGGGUUGAAACAAGCACGCAAAAGGAAGAGUUCAAAUAAGGAUAAUGAAGGAGAGGACAUGGACAAUGCAGACCUGGAGGAUCUGGAAGAAAUCCCAAGGCCAAUGAGGCAAAAAAAAAAAGCUGAAAAGGCAGCACUUGAAAAGAAGGCUAAAAAUGCCAACAGGAAGGACGUUGACAAUACAGAUCUUGAGGAGAUGAAUACUUUUGGUAAAAUUCAGGAUGAUGAACAUGCAAACCGGCUGAAGGUAUUGGAAGUACAAAAGAAGCUACCAUCCGAGAAGAUUGAACAAGCAAAGCUUGCCCACCUAGCAGCAAAGGAGCAAAAGGAGGCAGCAGAGGUGCAAAUGGAGGCAAGAAAGUAUGAAGUUGAAGCUAGGAUGUUUGAGACAUAUAACCAACCGCCUUCUCGCUAUGGACGUAGCAUUGAUGUCCGAUGAGGAAAAGUUAGAGCAUGCAAAUACAAUGAAGUGUUUGAAGAAGAAAUUAUUUUCUGAUUACAACUGAGGGAUGUUCUGAUCAAGAAAGCUGUUGGAUGUUUGGAUCAAGAAGGUUGUCAUUCUGUCAGUUAGAUCCUUGCUGUUCAGUUUUAGUUUCAGGCAUUGCCGUUUCAGUUUCAGUUUCAUUCUGUCAGAUCUGGAGGAACAGAGAGAGCACGAUGAACAGGAGGCAGUGCAGGAAGAUGACGAAGGUGAGGAACCUGUGGAAAUUGAUCCAGCGGAUGUUUAUACACUUGAUGAUUUCCUUGCCGAGGAUGAAAAGUUAGAAUCAUUUCGGAGGAGGAUUGGUGACAAAUUGAAGGCCAAAUUUGAAGGAGCAUCUUCUGAACCACCCAGCCAUCGUCAGCGUCAAAGUGGACCUCAGAUGUAUAUUCCUAGAAAUCGAGAAGCUGGUCAUGAUGAUCUUGUUGCUAAUUACUUCUCUGCAAAUCCUAACUACACUGAUGAGAUGUUCCGUAGAAGGUUUCGGAUGACACAGCCUUUGUUUCUUCGAAUUGUUGGUGUUCUUAGUGAUUGGGAUCUUUUUUUACCCAAAGAGUGGAUGCAGCUGGAAGAGAUGGCCACUCACCUUUGCAAAAGUGUACUGCGGCCAUUCGAUGGCUAGGAUAUGGCACGCCAGCUGACCAACUUGACGAGGUUUUGAAGAUUGCUGCUAGCACGUCUUUGGAGUUCUUAGGGUGUCUUUGGAGUUCUUAGGGAAAUUCGCCGAAGGAGUGAUUGAAUGUUUUGGUGGAGAGUACCUGUGCCCUUCAAGAAUUGAUGAACUAGAAAAAAUCUUGCAAGAAAAUGAGUCUCCUGAAAAAAUCUUGCAAGAAAAUGGGGCUUCCCAGGAAUGAUAGGAAGUAUUAGCUGUAUGCAUUGCGCGUGGAAGAAUUGUCCAAAAGAUUGGGCUGGCUGAAAAAAUCUUGCAAGAAAAUGAGUCUCCUGGCUUCCCAGGAAUGAUAAAGAUUGGGAUGGCUGAAAAAAUCUUGCAAGAAAAUGAGUCCCCUGGCUUCCCAGGAAUGAUAGGAAGUAUUGGCUGUAUGCAUUGCGCGUGGAAGAAUUGUCCAAAAGAUUGGGCUACCAUGUUUACUCGUGGUGAUAAAAAAAAAAUCCUACUAUGAUCCUUGAAGCGGUAAGCAUGCAUUUUUUGUACCGCUAGUGCCUAUAAUGAUAUCAAUGUGUUGAAUAAGUCGUCACUAUUCAUUGAUGCGAUAAAAGGAGAAGCAACAAGACUA